GUGCAGCACUACUGAAUAGCAAUUUGACGCAAAAUACACAGAUAAAAAAAUAUAUAUGAAAAUCAAUUAAGAAAAUUUCAAUGUGUAACAGCAUUGCUCAAUGUUUUGGAGUCAGUUACUAAAAUUACAAUCAAUUUGAUCCACAAUGAGCUCGCGCAGAACGAGAUCUGGCCCCACGCUCAACUUUAAAGCGGUGCUAUUGGGCGAAGGCUGCGUGGGCAAAACAUCGCUAGUGCUGCGUUACAUGGAGGACAAGUUCAACACCCAGCAUCUGAGCACACUGCAAGCCUCGUUUGUGACCAAAAAGGUGACGCUGCCCGACGAGCGACGGGCCCAGCUCAACAUCUGGGAUACGGCUGGACAGGAACGUUUCCAUGCUCUGGGUCCCAUCUACUAUCGCGGCUCGGACGGUGCACUGCUUGUGUACGACAUCACAGAUCAAGACUCAUUCCAGAAGGUCAAAUCAUGGGUGCGUGAACUGAAGCAGAUGCGUGGCAGCGAAAUUGCCUUGAUCAUUGUGGGCAACAAGACUGAUCUGGAGGAGCAGCGUGCCAUCGAGUAUGAGACGGCACAGCGUUAUGCCCAAACGGUGGGCGCUCAAUAUGUAGAAACGUCGGCCAAGGAGAACGAAGGUGUCAGCGAACUGUUCGAGCUGCUCACCCAACUGAUGGUCGAGCAUCAUGGCCAGAAACAGCAGCCAAAUGACACAAAUAAUACCCAUAGUAAUAGCAAUAGCAAUACCAGCAAUGCCCUACGUCUGCAGAGCAGUUCGAAUGCUGCUGGAGGUGCGAUUAGCAUUGCGGAUGAUGCCGAGCACGAUGAUGAUGAGAAUGAGAAUAAUGGUGGCGCUGCUCAUCGCUCCUGCUGUGGCAUCUAAGGGGGCUGCUUUGUCGGCCGUCCAUUGUGAUAAUACAUAUAUUGUACUAGUAGAUCUGUAACCGAUGUGUAUUUGUAUAUAAUACUUGUGUAAUUACCGUAUCUCUCCUUCCCCUCUACCCCACCCUUUCAUUAUCAUUAUGAUCCCUUAACGAUCUUUCCCCUUAAUCCGAAUUUUGUCCGUUUUGUUUUUCACACCAUUAUAUGGUUGUAUUUCUCUUAACUUUCGUUAAUUCAAUUUCUUUUUGGUAUGCGUCAUAAUACUUCAUAACGAACUUCAAGCGAUAAGCGAGUUUAACAAACUCCGGUUUUUCCGUUUAAAGCGCAAUUCCGGAAUGCUCUCGUGACAAAGGUGCCAAAGCGCUACGAUCUAAAUAAUCUUUCCCUCUUCCAAACUUCGUUUCUCCCUCGCCUCACCCAACAAAUUAACAACUUAUUUGACACUUGAGAAUUUCACAGGUUUAGUUGAAGUUUUGCAAGUGAUCUUCCGGGUUGGAAUUAAACUGUAUGGAAUGUUGUGUGAUGUCUCUUAGCCGCAGGCCAUUUUGGUAGCCAGUGCUAUCUAUAAAUAAAUACAAAUUAGUUUCAUA